AUGUCUGCUCCGCCAUUGACUGGUCUACGCGUUUUGGAAUUUGCUGGUCUUGCGCCUGGUCCUUUCGCCGGCCUGCUACUGGCAGACAAUGGUGCUUCAGUUCUACGCAUUGAUCGCUCUGUUCCGAACCUGACGCAUUCCGGCCAUCCAGAUAGACGACCACCGCCAACCGCGGAUCUCCUUACCAGACAUAAAGCCUCAAUAGCUGUAGACCUCAAAUCUCCUCUAGGCGUAGACUUCAUAAAGUCUCUGGUCCAGUACUCCGAUAUCAUUAUUGACCCGUUUCGUCCCGGUGUACUUGAAAAGCUGGGCUUAGGUCCAGAUGUCCUGCUGAAUCUGAAUCCUAGGGUGAUAGUGGGGCGCAUGACAGGCUUUCGACGAGAUGGCAAGUAUAAAGAUAUGGCCGGUCAUGACAUAAAUUAUAUUGCUGUUUCUGGGGCUUUGGCCAUGUUGGGAAGGAAGGGUGAGAAACCACUACCACCGGCGAAUAUUCUAGGGGAUUUUGCAGGAGGUGGCGCAACGCUGUUCCAAGGUAUCUUACUUGCGUUGCUCGCGCGAAAUACUUCGGGCAAAGGCCAAGUCGUCGAAGCUAAUAUGGUCGAUGGAAGUGCAUAUUUGGCUACCUUUCCAAGGAUGCUGACCAAAACGCCAAUGUGGUCUCGGCCCAGAGGGGAAAAUACUUUGGACAGUGGAUGUCCAUAUUACGACGCUUACGAAACGAAAGACGGCAAAUAUAUGGCCGUCGGUGCUCUUGAGCCACAGUUUUUUGCUUUGUUGUUGAAAGGAUUGGGUCUAAGUGGUAAAGGUAUUGAAAAAACCAGAGAAGAUAGGAAUACCUGGCCGGAACUGCGGGAAUCUUUUACUGCGAUAUUUUUGAGGAAGACUCGAUCAGACUGGGAAAAAGUGUUUGAUAGGACCGAUGCAUGUUGUACACCGGUCCUCGACUACAAGGAACUCGAAUCCGAUACCAGUAGAGAAGGAGAUCAAAGGCCGGCAGUCACACUUCGUGAAACUCCUAGCUUCGCCUUGUCCCCGAGUUCAUCACCUCGUGACCCUUCUACCGGGCAAGGCAAUGGUGUCGAAGGUGGAAGCUAUACUGGAGCAGUGCUCUACCCGGGUGAGGGUGGAGAGAAACUCUUGUCGCAAUGGCUUGGCUGGAAACGCGGUAAGGAUUUCGAUGUAAAAGACGGAGGAAUGGUGAGGAAAGACACGUCAAAGUUAUGA